AUGUGGAAGCCAAUUAUAUUAGACGUUGAGUGCAUCGUUUGCAACAAAUCGUUGCAAAAAAUUAACCACGAUCCCAAAGAGGUAAGAAAGAAGAUGGGCAAGAUAAUUAACAGGCGGUCCAGGACGCCGAACUGGUCUAUAGACGAGAAACAGUACCUACUUGAGUUAAUUAAGCAACGUAAGGAUGCAGUUGUUACAAAGAACAACAAUGGACCUAAUUAUUCUGAAGAAAAGGAUGUCGCCUGGAAUGAAAUUCUCAGAGAACUAGCAUCGAGAUUCGGUAAUAAGUUUUCAACUAGUUCGAUAAAGAAGGUAAAGACUCAGUGGCAAAACAUGAAGAGGAUUGCUCGGGAAGAGAUCGCUUCGGUCGGUCCGGCAGUGGAGAAGUUUACUCGACAAUCGUUAGAAGUCUGUAAUAUUCUUGACCUGGUGCAAGACGGUGUUUUAAAGGAUGAGAGUUUGAAUGAUACGACGUUAACCACUAAUGUCGUAAUUAAGGCCGAACGUAUUGACGAUGAAAUUAACCAGGCUAGCUGUAGUGGAACAAACACCUUCUCGACCAUCGACAAUCAACAGAAUUCAAUGACAAUUGAACUUGGCUCACUGAGAUCCUCAUCUACCGAACAAAUAUCUGAGACCAACGACUACGACUCUCAUGAUGAAAGGAUCGAUACUGUCGAUGUUAUUUCUGGCAAGAAGAAUGCUUCAUGUAUGACGGACGCCCCUUAUCCUGAGGAGAAAUUAAAUAACAAUCCAUUUGAAACAGAGUUCAAAGAAUUUCUCAGGUAUACAGCAGUUGAAAAGAAAUUAAAAAUGGAUUCGUUACAAGAGGAACGUUUCGUAGUAAAAGCUAUGAGGGAGACAGCCGAAUUAAAUAAAAUUACUGCAGAACAGCGUCUAAAACAUGUAUUAUGGGUGAAGCGACAGGAAAUGGCAAUGUAUUCCGGCGAGCCUGGAUCUGGAGCUGGCAAGGGUGGUGGCGGUGGUGGCUCCAUUCGUGAGGCUGGUGGAUCAUUUGGCAAGAUGGAGGCAGCUAGGGAAGAUGAAUACUUUUACAAGAAGCAAAAGGAACAAAUCCAGAGCCUAAGAGGUCAUUUGAGCAAAGAAAUUGCUUUCCAUCAGGAGCAGAUAAAACGCCAUGAGGAUGCGAUCAGGAGACACAAAGAGCAGAUGACCGACAUUGAGAAGAAAUAAAGGAUGUUUUACAUGAAGUAAUAUCUCCUUUCGGCAUAAAAUUUAAGCUACACAUAUAAGUAACAUCGGUAACUUAGUCUGAAUAUAUAAUUAAAAUGUACUUGAUGUUUUAAGUUUGAAAUUUGUUUUGUUACUGAGGCCGUUACUUACUGUUUUUAUUUUGUUUAGUUAUUAGUUUGAAGUUUGAACAAUAUAUUAUUUACGAAAUA